AUGUCGCGCCCCUCAACAAAGCUACUACAUCUUAGCGUAUCAGUUCCAGAUGAUAUCAAAGGCCGUCGGCGAAGCGGGAGUAUCGUCAAGGUUGAAGAAGUCGGUGGGCGUACAGAGGAACUUUUGGACCGUAGCGCGUACCUCAACAUCAAUGCUAAUUGGGUCAAUGCAAAGGGUGCAUGGCUCAUACAUGUCGUCUUGGUCUUCAUGGGAAAAAUCAUUAUCGAUACUAUACCUGGCAUGACACAACAGAUCAGCUGGACACUCGUUAACCUUAUAUACCUUAAUCUCUCGUAUCUCAUGUUCCACUGGGUUACCGGCAUUCCCUUCGACAACGAGCUUCACGGCGGUGCAUAUGAUGAUCUCAGUCUCUGGGAGCAAAUUGAUGACGGCGCGCAAUAUACACCAUCUAAAAAGUGGCUAUUCACCGCGCCUAUAUUACUUUUCCUCGCUUCAACGCACUACACGAAUUACAAUCCUUGGCUAUUUGCUAUCAAUCUCACCGCUCUCAUCGUACUUGCCAUCAUCCCAAAACUUCCUCAGCUCCACAGACAACGCGUUCGUUUCCUCACAGGUGAUGCCUCAGGCGUCUCAACGCCUGUCACACCCUCUUUCCCCAGGAUGGACCAGACUCUACUACACGCCGCAAAUCCGACCGAUGCUCAUUUUGGGUGA